AGCAUUUGUUGUUGAGAGUUUAUCCACGGGGAGAGGGGGGACUGGAUCUAUUUUCUCUGCCCCCUGACUUUUGCAAUUAGGGUGCUGCUAGGCUCUGUGUAAUAGAAACUCAAAGUGACUGUGGCUUCAACAAUAUAAAAGUUUGUUUACCUGUCACAUGAAGGAAGUUUGGAGUAAAUAAUCCAGGACUGGGCUGCUGGCGCCACGGGCAGCAGGAACCCAACAUCUCCAUCAUUGUCCUAGCAUUGACCUCUCUCCUCAAGAUCACCUCACAGCCCAAAAUGGCUGCCAGAGUCCAAGCAUCGCACCUGUAUCCUAGGAGGCAUGAAGAAGGAAGGGGAAGGGCAAAAGGAAUCAUGUGGCUGGAAAUUAUCCUCGCCUUGCUGCUGGGCUUCGUCAUCUACUGGUUCGUCUCCCGGGACAAGGAGGAGACGUUGCCGCUGGGAGAUGGCUGGUGGGGACCUGGGGCAAGGCCCACAGCCCCGGAGGACGAGAGCGUCCGCCCCUUCAAGGUGGAGACUUCCGAGGAGGAGAUAGAGGACUUGCAUCAGAGGAUCGACAGGGUCCGUUUGACUCCACCUCUGGAGGAUGGGCGCUUCCAUUAUGGCUUCAACUCCAAGUAUCUGAAGAAAAUCCUUUCCUACUGGCGGAAUGAGUUUGACUGGAGAAAGCAGGUGGAGAUUCUCAACAGGUACCCUCACUUCAAGACUAAGAUCGAAGGGCUGGACAUCCACUUCAUCCACGUGAAGCCCCCCCAGCUGCCGUCCAGCAGCACCCCAAAGCCCUUGCUGAUGGUACACGGCUGGCCUGGCUCCUUCUACGAGUUCUAUAAGAUCAUCCCGCUCCUGACUGACCCCAAGAACCAUGGGCUGAGCGACGAGCAUGUUUUUGAAGUUAUCUGCCCUUCCAUUCCUGGCUACAGCUUCUCGGAGGCAUCCUCCAAAAAAGGCUUGAAUUCAGUGGCCACUGCCAGGAUCUUUUAUAAACUGAUGCUGCGGCUCGGCUUCCAGGAGUUCUACAUUCAGGGUGGGGACUGGGGGUCCCUGAUCUGUACCAACAUGGCCCAGAUGGUACCCAGCCACGUGAAAGGUCUGCACUUGAACAUGGCUCUGGUGUUAGGUCCCUACAUCCUGACUCUGUUCUUGGGACGGCGUAUCUUGAGUCUUCUCGGCUACACCCAGAGGGAUCUGGAGCUGUUGUACCCCUUCAAGGAGAAGGUUUUCUACAGCCUGAUAAGGGAGAGCGGCUACAUGCACAUCCAGUGCACCAAGCCUGACACUGUGGGCUGUGCUCUGAAUGACUCUCCCGUGGGCCUGGCUGCCUAUAUCCUGGAGAAGUUUUCCACCUGGACCAACCCAGAGUUCCGAGACCUGGAGAAUGGAGGCCUGGACAGGAAGUUCUCCCUGGACGACCUGCUGACCAAUGUCAUGCUCUACUGGACCACAGGCACCAUUGCCUCUUCCCAGCGCUUCUACAAGGAGAACCUGGGGCAGGGCUUCAUGGCCAACGCGCAUGACCGGAUGAAGGUCUACGUGCCCACAGGCUUUGCUGCCUUCCCUUGUGAGUUAAUGCACAUGCCAGAAAAGUGGGUGAAGGCCAAGUACCCAAAACUCAUCUCCUACUCCUACAUGGCCCGUGGGGGCCACUUUGCCGCAUUUGAGGAGCCAGAGCUGCUGGCACAGGACAUCCGCAAGUUCGUGGGGCUUCUGGAGCUACGCUGAUGCCCAUGGGGACUGGCUGUCACCCUGGGGCUCCCUGGCCAACAACGUCUGCCCCUUUACCUGGAAGCCCCCACACCCCGCCUCCCGGCGCCGGCUCCCAGGGAGCAGGGAGGCUCCCAGUGUUCUCUUGGCAAAGAUGUACACCCCCAUGCCUGUCCCCUGCCCAUGCCUGGACCCCAUACUCACUACCAGCACCAGUGCUCCCACACACACAAUCAAUAAUGAUAAAUGAUUUUAUUCCUAAAAGUG